AAGAGAAAGACGAAAAUGAUGAAAUGCAGAUUGGAUUCCCAACAGAUGUAAAGCAUGUUGCGCAUAUUGGAUUAGACGGUCCAUCUGCAAAUACGCCAAGCUGGAUGACAACAUUAAACAGUGCAUCAGAAGCUCCAGAACUCUUGGCAGCUGCGGCGCCGGCAGAAAACUCCACCAAGGCACAACAAGGUAAUAACAAUACAAAGGGUGAAACAAUUAUGAGCACUAAAGAGAUUCCAAGGUCUAAACCAACUAAAGACUCUAGCUUGGAUUCCCCAACCCGACGGGGCUCUGAUGAGCAAAAGCAUGUUCGACGCCACCGACACACCAAUACAGAUCCCUCAUCGGAUUCUUUAACUCGAGGCUCAGCACAACAUGCUAGACAACAUCAAAGCACAAUUCAAGCUGGUGAGUCAUCAUCAGAAGAUACUGCAGAAGUAGCAGCGGUGGUAGGGGAAGCAGCUAAACAGCAUUAUCGGAGGAAGUCAAAGACAUCCAAUGGAGAUGCACCAGUCAAGUCAUCAAAGAGAUCAUCAAAAGGGAAUUCGUUGACCAAAAUCUCUCUUAUAGAUAUAGAAGCUAGGGAUGUAAUGAAGCAUUGUGAAAGUCUAGUUUGA